AUGGAAAUAAUCGACCGAAAGGGAACAGAGAACCAGAUCACUAACCAUUUAUCAAGAUUAGAGAAUCCAAAAGUGGAUCACAUCCAGUCGGAGGUGAACGCCUCAUUUCCUGAUGAGAAGUUGCUUAAGAUUGAAGAACUACCCUGGUAUGUAGAUAUUGUCAACUUCUUGGUCUGCAAACAAUUCCCUGAAAACUACACAUCCCAUCAAAAGAAAAGGCUCAUUCAUGAAUGCAAAUUUUACUACUGGGAUGAUCCGAAUCUCUACAAAAGGGGACCAGACCAGAUACUGAGACUCUAUGUUCCAAAAACUGCUUUCCAUCGCAUAUUGUUUCAGUGUCAUGAAUCACCCUAUGGAGGGCAUUUUGGUGGACAGCGCACAAUAGAAAAAGUUUUGCAAUCUAUUUCAUAUGUUGCAAACGAUGUGGCUACGGUCUCUAAGUUCUUGCAGAAAAACAACUUCACUCGUUUUGGCACCCCACAUGUCAUAAUAAGUGAUGAAGGGACCGACUUUGUGAAUCGCAUUGUUAGUAAACUAUUGAUCAAAUAUAAUGUCCACCAUAAGAUUGCCACUGCAUAUCACCCCCAAACAAAUGGACAAGCAAAAGGUUUUCAACAGAGAAAUCAAGUCAAUCUUAGAGAAGACGGUGAACCUAUCGCAGAAGGAUUGGACCAUGAAACUGGAUGA